AAUAGGAUUAAAAAGCAUCUAGAACAAGCUUACCUUUUUGAGAGCUCACUUAUCAAGUCGCACUCUGAAUGUGAUUAUGUUGUCAAGUUCUGCGGGCCAUUGGUUGAAAAGACCUUCAAAAAUCCCUCUGUCAUCCCCCAUUGGGGUGAUACGAUUCCUGGAUCUUUACUUUCGUUAGGGGUAAAAAUGAAAAUGGAUCUCAGGUUAAUAGCAAUUAACAAUUCUAAACUUCAAGACCAUGGCUAUGGUGAAGUUGCCAGAGAAUGUUCAACACCUAAAUAA